AUAUAGAGGAGUCGUUGCCACUGCAUGUGAAAGCAGCCGUGUAGCUUGAGUUUUCUAUGGAAACCAGGCACCAAGCAAGCCAGAACCCAAGCACGUUCCUUCGCAUUUAGUGCACGUGAGAAAGUUCAGAAAGGAAAUGGUCAAAAAUGCCGCGCCCAUCGCUGCUACUCAACGCAGGCAAGCAGCAGCCCCGUUUAAAAGGAGUGCGCCGCGCGUUGGCAAUGGCAUUGGUAAAGGACAAUAAGAAACCCCGCCCGGAUACAACUCUCUUUCCUUGUCUCUAUCUGUAUUUUUUUUUUAGCGUUUCAGUUCUCCCUUCCACCUACACAUUUACUCCAAUUCAAACAAUGCCUCUUGCUGGUUUCAAGUCAAGCGCUAUCAUCGACGAGCUCACGGCCGUGCUCAACUCGUUCUCGGCUGAGGAGCGCAAGAAGGAGGUCACCAAGACCAAGGCUGUGUAUGCCUUUGAGGUCACCAACAGCGACGGCCAGAAGCACUACUUUGUCGUCGACCUGAAGCAGGCCGGUAAGGUCACCGACGGCACGACCGAGGCUGCUGCGGCUAAGGGUCAGCCCAAGCCCGAUAUCAGCAUCACGCUUACAGACGAGACCUUUGUCAAGAUCUCGGAGGGAAAGACUACGGCUGCGGGCGAGUUCAUGAGCGGCAAAGUCAAGAUCAAGGGUAACAUGAUGCUGGGCAUGAAGCUGGAGCCCCUGCUCAAGCGGUUCAAGGGCCUGGCUGCCAAGCUGCCUGCUACCCCGGCGCCUGCUGCUGCCCCUGCCGCUGCCGCCCCUGCUGCCGCUGCUGCCGAGCCCAUUGCUGUCGAGGGCUACCAGGGUAGCGCCAUUAUUGCUCAGAUUAACAAGACGCUUGGAUCGGACGAUGCCAAGCGCGAGGCUCUGCUCAAGAAAACUAACGCUGUGUUCCAGAUCGACCUCAACGGACCCGCAGGCAUCAAGUCGUGGGUGCUGAACCUGAAGCCUGGCGCCUCUGCCUCCGACGCUGUGCUUGUUGGCACUGCCCAGAAGAACAACAAGACCGCCGGUGUCACGCUGACCCUCAAGGACUCGGACUUUGUCGACCUUGCCUCGGGCAAGAUCACUGGCCAGAGCGCGUUCAUGGGUGGCAAGCUCAAGACGAAGGGCAACAUGAUGCUUGCUCUGAAGCUCGAGAACGUCCUGAAGGCUGCCAAGCCGGCUGCCAAGCUCUAACCGCCGUAUCAUCACUUUAAUAUAUAUCGUUUUCUGGCGCAUAGCGUCUCCCAGCAUUGCUGCUAGACCCGGUUCGGAACCUUCACCUGAGCCAUUCACUUUGCAGAGAUUAUCACCACCGAUUAUACAGCCGCUAGGCUGAUCGCAGCCAUUUAUCGGCACUUGCCACUUGUGAAUGAAGCCGGCUGUGAAGGCAAUGUAGUGUAUGAUAGCCGGUGUUUGGCAGCCUUGACAAAUCAAGCCACUCGUUUGUAGUUAGCCGUUUGUCCGGCAGAACUCUUUCAGCUACUGAGGUCUACAUGUAUGGCACGCUACCCACACCUCUAUGCAUAGCGUGUAAACACGUUCAGCAACUGUCCGUAUGACGAGCCCCCAGUACUGAUCCGGGGUCUGGUCGCAGAGGCAUCCAUAGCUCUUUCUACCGCUUUUUGCACAUAGCACCAGCCGGCACCUAUAGCUAGUAAGCGCUAGCGACUGGCACCUACAGUGUGGCC